GGGAGGCUGCGGCGGCGGGCGCGCGCGGCGCGAGGGCGGCGGGCGGCGGCCUGCGGAUGCAAGUAUGGACAUAAUAGCCUAUGAUGAUUUCUUCAGUCCACCGCUUCAGAGAUAUUGAAAGGACACCCGAAUACCUCCAGCCGGAGAAGUGUGUUCCACCUCCUAGCCGCGCUUCCUUGGGAACAAUGUGGUUUAUUCGAGAUGGCUGUGGUAUCGCGUGUGCCGUUGUCACCUGGAUGCUGGUGUUCUACGCUGACUUUGUAGUCCUUCUUGUCAUGCUGGUUCCCUCAAGAGAUUACGUUUAUAGUGUCAUCAAUGGCACGCUGUUCAACACCUUGGCGUUCCUCGCUUUGGCUUCACAUUUUCGUGCUAUGCUGACAGAUCCAGGUGCUGUGCCCAAAGGUAACGCAACAAAAGAGUUCAUUGAGAGUUUACAGCUAAAGCCAGGACAGGUGGUUUACAAGUGCCCAAAAUGUUGUAGCAUCAAACCUGACAGAGCACAUCACUGCAGCGUUUGCAAGAGGUGUAUUCGGAAAAUGGACCAUCACUGCCCAUGGGUCAAUAACUGCGUAGGAGAGAAUAACCAGAAGUACUUUGUACUGUUUACAAUGUAUAUAGCACUGAUUUCUCUGCAUGCUCUAAUUAUGGUGGGAUUUCACUUCUUGUAUUGCUUUGAAGAGGACUGGACAAAAUGCAGCUCCUUCUCUCCACCAACCACAGUGAUCCUUCUCAUCCUCUUGUGUUUUGAGGCGCUCCUCUUUCUCAUCUUCACCUCGGUUAUGUUUGGGACCCAAGUACACUCCAUCUGCACUGACGAAACGGGAAUAGAGCAAUUGAAAAAGGAAGAGAGAAGAUGGGCUAAAAAAACAAAAUGGAUGAACAUGAAAGCAGUAUUUGGCCAUCCGUUCUCUAUAGCAUGGCUUAGCCCAUUCGCAACACCAGACCAAGGAAAAGCAGACCCAUACCAGUAUGUGGUCUGAGGAAUUCUUGACCAGCAUUUCCACUAAGAUAGAAACAUAUUGCAGCACUACUGUUUAAAUUUUCCAUGAAUGUUUAAAACGAAAAGCAAGACAAACUUUUUUUUAUGUCUAAUGAAUGGCUGAUAAUUGCAGAGAAAAAAAAGCCCUGUAUUCCACAACUUCAGAUAAUUCUAUAUCUCUGGCUGAAACUGCUGCUGUUGCUUUUCUUUCUUUCUUUCUUCUUCUUUUUUUUUUUUCUUAAUCAUGUUAACUUUACUGGCCUUUGUUUCUCUCUGCUUUCUGUAUGGCAUAACUAAUGUGAAGGGAGUUUUCCUUCUCCGUUGUGACCCACCUCUUCUGAGUAGGUUUUCAUGCUGUCUGCUGACUGUGCUGAGCUCUGUGGAAGACACAUGAGUGCCAAGUCCUACACAGACACCUUUGGACUUCCUGAAGGAGCGCGCUGCUCUUUCAGAAGUGAACUUGAACUGGGAAGUAGACCCUUCACUUUACCAAAAGGCACAAGAUGAGAACGCAGCAAGAGAGCCAGUUGACCUGGUGAUUGCACGCAGUUCAAGUAUCUAAAGCAAACAUUGCCAACGCUGCUUCCCCCUCGUUUUUCCUUCCACCUACAAAAUCGGUUUCAUCUUUCUGCCAUCAUUUUGUCUGUUCCCUCCCUGGUGCGCAGGAAAUUGUUGCCAUCUUAGGGUAACUGUGUUGCAGAUUUAGAAGACUGUGUGGAUUUUUAAAAUGCCUUACAUUUGCAGAAAAGAAAGAGAAAGAAUCUGAUUUUCAAAUGCUUAGAAUGGGAGCAGCAUCGUGUUGGCUUGUGUUUGUCUCCGUAAAUGAGCUGUUGGAGCAAUACCUGUUAAAUAGCUUUGAAAAACUGAUGUGAAUGCCUGGAGGCAGAUGGAUAAAGACUGACCUUGGUGGGAUGUGUCGUUAUGCCAGGGAGAUCCAUCCUACAUUCUUAGCAUCGCCCUGGUGUGGAGCUUUGUGAAUCUUUUACUGUGGAUGUGCACACCUGUGUGCAAACGCACACCGUGUGUAUGUAUGUUAAAGCUGGGAACUGGUGGUGGUAAGGAGCAUGUGUACUUCAUGGACUGUGUGGUGAUGAAAGGGGAGGGACAGAAGGCAUUCCAGAAACAGGUAAGGCCAAACCAUUCAUAACUGUGACCGAUGCCUUGUGUUCAGGCAGAAAUUUUGCUAUAUUUUGGAUCAUUACUCCUAUAGACUUAUCAGAAUAUUGCGAACAAAGGAAAAACUACUCAUCAGCUGUGUCCAGGAAUUCCAAGGAAUCUUUUCUUUCCUUGGUUUAAAUAAAAGCCGUAUUUUUUGGAAGAUGAUGUGUUUAGACUGCUUCAAAGCCAUGGGGGGAUGGAGGGAAAUCAGGGAAGGAGAAGUUUAGCGGAUGUCUCAUUUUGGAAGUAAUGUGAAUGCUGCAUCUUUUCAAUCUGUCAAUGCUUCCAUAUGGAAAACAAAUGCAAUAAAACUUUUCCAAAAAAAUUCUUUGCUGUUCUUAAUUUCUUGAAACUUUGGGAAAAUCUGUAACGGCUUCCUGAGCUUGGUCUGAGCAGGAUUGGCUUUUGUCACCCAGAUAGGUAAUGAAUGAAUGCAUCUCACCAUGUAAUUAAUUGCUGAAUUGCACGUUCUGGUUUUGUUUUAUGUCCUGUUAUUCACUACGCAUUUUGAAGGAAGGUUGCUUGCAUUGUUCUGGCAUUUAGAUCGUUGUGGAGAAAACAAAAAUGUAAUUACUCAUUUCUGGUUUCAAACAAACACAAAGUGUUGUAUUACCCAGUAUUGUAUUUUUCAGGCAAGCUUUCUGAUGUUCGGAGCCGGCAGGGAUGUCUGUCUGUUGGUGCCUGGUGUGCCUCUCUAACUGGUGUUCUCUGGUUUAUUUGCACUGUGCAUCUCAGAGUGUGACUUGCUGCAAUGUGGCUCAGCACCAACACGAGGAAGGCAGGCUUGCUGCACCACCUGAUUUCAAGUGCUGGUUCUGCUUUGGUGCAGCUGACAGAAAUGGGAGCACAGAUGUGGAGAGAAGUUACAGUGUUUGAAGUUCUGCUUGUGUCUUCCUUUUGGAUUUUACAAGCAUACGAAAAGAACCAAAUGCCUUCCUUCUGAGCUGUGAGGGCGGUCUGCAGGUCACUGCUCCUGAGCCAGAGCCCCCAGCACCCUGUAUGGCACGGCACAGAAACGGGUGCUGAGGGAGAUGGGGCAAGGAGCCAAUUACACAGAGCUGCUGGUAAAACAGAAGUUCCUGACUGCUGAUUCUUUUCUCACUCGGCUCUAUUUAUCUGUGCUUGCACAUCACAAAGUAAACUUAUUUAUCUGGGAACCUUUCUUUAUCUUUCCCUCCCUUUCUGUAACCUUCCUCACGCCCUGCUGACUGUGGCAGCCAGGCAGAAUGUGAACAGGAGCUGAUUUUGAACAGUUUUGUCUAUUUUGAAUAUGUGCCCAGGAAGCAUAAAUAAGGCUGGGGAUGGAGAGGAGAGGGAGAGCUUUGCCCUGCCUGCUGUGCUGAGCUGCCCUUAGCACAGCUUCGAGCCGACCUCACGUAGUGCCAUGGUUGGCAGAUGCUGUUCUGAGUGAUGGGUGGUGGUUUGGAAAGAUGGGGCUUGCUGCUUCGAAAUCUUCACAAGCCUUAUCCCCCAUUUUAGCAGUGUGCAUUGAACUGGGUGACACAACCAAUUGCCCAAGGAAGCUGUGCUGCCUUAUCCCUGGAGGCACUCAAGGCCGGGUUGGAUGGCACAACCUGAUCCAGUGGGUGGCAUCCCUGCCCAUGGCAUGGGGUUGGCACUGGGUGGGCUUUAAGGUCCCUUCCAACCCAAAACAUUUUAUGACUCUGUGACUGAAGACAGGGUUAGAGCUGGCAUGACCAGGGAGGCUUUCCAUGCUUGGUGCUUUUUCUCCCCAGCGCAGAAGCAAGCUGCUGCUUGUUAAUUAUGUAAUAUCACAUUAAUUAUGAGGCUCACGAGGUGUGCAGUUGUGGUGCCACAGAGGUCAUUCGCAUGUCGUUGUUUUCCCCUUGCAAAGCUCUGAGAUGAUUUGUGGGUACUUAAAGAACACCUCCAGAAUCAGAAUGGAGGGCUGGUUUGUGUCACGCUAUUCUAAAGCUGCUGUUUUAAAUGGUUUGAACUGAACUUGCUCAUUUUUCCUCUCCUUGAACAUCUCCAACCUCCAGUCCCGAGUCUUCACUUCUCGAGGAGCAGCGUUUCUGCACUGUCACCUUUGUCACUGUCUCUCUCAUCUGCAAAGCUGACUCCAUCUCGUGUGUAACGCAGAAGGUGGGCAUGAAGAUGUGUGCCUGACUUCACGUAGGAGUAAAAACAAGUGCUCCAAGUUUCUACAUAGAGAAGACUUCCAGACCUGAGCACUGACAGUCAACCUGUGUCCUUACUGGUGGCCAUGGGAAGAGGACGGUUGGAGCUGACCCAGUGUUCCUUUGCACUGGGGUUGGCCUUGGACAAUUUGUGAAGCAGAAAUAGCGUUCCUCAAUAUUUGCUCUUAAUUGUGCCAAACAUGUGUGUUCUCAUAUUGAUUUUCAUUACCAGGCAACAUCUGUCUGUAGUAAUUCCAGUGACUGGGAAAUAUGGCAGUUUUCUUGUAGCUGAACCAUUGUAAAGAAAAAAAGCCCAAAUAAGGUGAAAUUUCAGAUUGUGAUUGUAUUUUGUUACUUGUUGGAAGGACUCUAAAAGCACUGGGAGAAGAGGUCUCAGUUUGAAAGAGGGAUGACCUUCCAGAAGCCUUAUUACCAAGCAGUACCAAAUAAUUCGCCAAGGUUGGGGCUGUCCGUGAGCUGAGUCGUGUUUUGGGGAUUUGAUGUUACUGGGGAUGAAUUUGUUGGUACAGCAGGAUUUCUGUCUGUCUGUCCAUCUCAGUAGCUGAGCUGUGAGCACCAUGAUGCAGCUCAAAUACCUGU